AUGAAGUAUUCUUGCUGUGCUCUGGUUUUGGCUGUCCUGGGCUCAGAAUUGCUGGGGAGCCUGUGUUCGACUGUCAGAUCCCCGAGGUUCCGAGGCCGGAUACAACAGGAACGAAAGAACAUUCGACCCAACAUUAUCCUGGUGCUCACUGACGACCAGGAUGUGGAGCUAGCCUUUUUUGGAAAAUACCUCAAUGAAUAUAAUGGCAGCUAUAUCCCUCCUGGGUGGCGAGAGUGGCUUGGAUUAAUCAAGAAUUCUCGUUUCUAUAAUUACACUGUUUGUCGCAAUGGCAUCAAAGAAAAGCAUGGAUUUGAUUAUGCAAAGGACUACUUCACAGACUUAAUCACUAACGAGAGCAUUAAUUACUUCAAAAUGUCUAAGAGAAUGUAUCCCCAUAGGCCCGUUAUGAUGGUGAUCAGCCACGCUGCACCCCACGGCCCCGAGGACUCGGCCCCACAGUUUUCAGAACUAUACCCCAAUGCUUCCCAACACAUAACUCCUAGUUAUAACUAUGCACCAAAUAUGGAUAAACACUGGAUUAUGCAGUACACGGGACCCAUGCUGCCCAUCCAUAUGGAAUUUACAAACAUUCUACAGCGCAAAAGGCUCCAGACUUUGAUGUCAGUAGAUGAUUCUGUGGAAAGGCUGUAUAAUAUGCUUGUGGAAACAGGGGAACUGGAUAAUACUUACAUUAUCUACACCGCUGACCACGGUUACCAUAUUGGACAGUUUGGACUGGUUAAGGGGAAAUCCAUGCCAUAUGACUUCGAUAUCCGUGUGCCUUUCUUUAUUCGUGGUCCAAGUGUGGAACCAGGAUCAAUAGUCCCGCAGAUUGUUCUGAACAUCGAUCUGGCCCCUACUAUCCUGGAUAUCGCUGGUCUCGAUACACCUCCCGAUGUGGACGGCAAGUCUGUCCUCAAACUCCUGGACCUGGAAAAGCCAGGUAACAGGUUUCGAACAAACAAGAAGCCCAAAAUUUGGCGUGAUACAUUCCUAGUGGAAAGAGGCAAAUUUCUACGUAAGAAGGAAGACUCCAACAAGAAUAUCCAGCAGUCAAACCACUUGCCCAAAUACGAGCGAGUCAAGGAACUCUGCCAGCAGGCAAGGUACCAGACCGCCUGUGAGCAGCCUGGCCAGAAGUGGCAGUGCAUCGAGGAUACAUCUGGCAAGCUUCGGAUUCACAAGUGUAAAGGCUCCAGCGACCUGCUGGCGGUUCGGCAGAGCACGCGAAAGCUCUACUCUCGCGGUUUCCAUGACAAAGACAAGGAGUGCGCUUGUGGACAGAAUGGUUACCGAGCCAGCAGGACCCAGAGGAAAAGCCAAAGGCAGUUCCUGAGAAACCAGGGGACUCCCAAGUACAAGCCCAGAUUUGUCCAUACUCGGCAGACGCGUUCCUUGUCUGUUGAAUUUGAAGGUGAAAUAUAUGACAUAAACCUGGAAGAGGAAGAAUUACAAGUGUUGCAACCAAGAACCAUUGCCAAGCGUCAUGAUGAAGGCCACAAGGGGCCAGGAGAUCUCCGGGCUGCCAGCGGUGGGAACGGGGACGAGAUGCUGGCAGACAGCAGCAAUGCCAUGGGCCCGCCUGCCACCGUCCGAGUGACACACAAAUGUUUUAUUCUUCCAAAUGAUACAAUCCAUUGUGAGAGAGAACUGUACCAAUCAGCCCGGGCCUGGAAGGAUCAUAAGGCCUACAUUGAUAAAGAGAUUGAAGCUCUGCAAGAUAAAAUUAAGAAUUUAAGAGAAGUGAGAGGUCACCUGAAGAGAAGAAAGCCCGAGGAAUGUGGCUGUAGUAAACAGAGCUAUUACAAUAAAGAGAAAGGUGUAAAAAAGCAAGAGAAAUUAAAGAGCCAUCUUCACCCAUUCAAGGAGGCUGCUCAAGAAGUAGACAGCAAACUCCAGCUUUUCAAGGAGAAUCGGAGGAGGAAGAAGGAGAGGAAGGAGAAGAAACGGCAGAGGAAGGGGGAUGAAUGCAGCCUUCCUGGCCUCACCUGCUUCACGCACGACAACAACCACUGGCAGACGGCCCCCUUCUGGAACUUGGGAUCUUUCUGUGCUUGCACGAGUUCUAACAAUAACACCUACUGGUGUUUGCGUACAGUGAAUGAGACACAUAAUUUUCUUUUCUGCGAGUUUGCUACGGGCUUCUUGGAAUAUUUUGAUAUGAACACAGACCCUUAUCAGCUCACAAAUACAGUCCACACGGUAGAACGGGGCGUUCUGAAUCAGCUACACAUACAGUUGAUGGAGCUCAGAAGCUGUCAAGGUUAUAAGCAAUGCAACCCAAGACCUAAGAGCCUUGAAGCUGAGGACAGUUAUGGGAUGGAUGGGAAGGUUAAUCGGCCCAGUCUCAUGGCAGACAUCAAUUGGCAGGCCCUGGAGGAUCUCUACAGUGUGAAUGAAAGUGUCUAUGAGUACAGACAAAACUAUAGACUUAGUCUGGUGGACUGGACUAAUUACUUGAAGGAUGUAGAUAGAGUAUUUGCACUGCUGAACAGUCACCAUGAGCAAAAUAAAGCAAAUCAGACUAAAACUGCUCAAAGUGCUGGGUUCCUGGCCAUAUCUCCUGUGCCCCCUGUGCCAGGGGAGAUGGGCUUUGCUGAGUCAGAUGAAGACCCAAGUCAUGUGGAUGGGAAAGCUCCUUGUUUAACCUUGCCAGCCGACCUUAGGACCCUGCAUUUGAACCGACCAACAUUCAAGCCAGAGAGGAAACUUGAAUGGAAUAACGACAUUCCAGAAGUUAGUCAUUUGAAUUCUGAACACUGGAGAAAUCAUAAAACUGAAAAAUGGAUGAGGCGUGAAGAGAUCAAUCAUUCUGACAAUGAUUUCAGUGGCAACAGCAUGACAGAGCUGGCACUCCAACCCAGCCCCGUUCUGCAGCCCAUGAGCAGGCAUCAGCAAGAACUUUACCAGGAUAGUGGUCCAGGAGAUGUGUUUGAAGAUCAGCUGUAUCUUCCUGUGCAUUCUGAUGGAACCUCUGUCCAUCAGAUGAUCAACAUGUCCACUGUGCAGCCGCAAAUGAACUCCAGCACAGUGGAAAGGGCAGCAAGCAAAGUGGAGGAGAAUCACAACAGGAAGAGCUUAGAGAGUCUAGAAGGCAGCACCUCCUCGCUCCUCUCCUCUGAUUAGAUGGAAUUGUUACCCUAUACACAGUAUUUUUUUAACUUUUU